GGUGGCAUCAUUUUUUCCAUUGCUUUGAAACAAAAGUUUCCCGAGUAUGAAAACUUCACGAUCUAUGAGAAGGCGUCUGAUGUUGGAGGGACAUGGAGAGACAACACGUAUCCGGGGUGUGGUUCGGACAUUGCCGUGAUGUUCUAUUCUCACUCCACGUCCCUGAAGCAUGAUUGGACGCACUCGCUCGCCUAUCAGCCGCAAAUCCAAGAGUACUGGCAGGAGAUGGCACGAAAGAAUGAUCUGUACAGAAAAAUCGUCUUCAACACCCGUGUCAUUUCAGCCGACUGGGACGUGGACAAAGAAGUUUGGGUCAUCAUUACGAGAGAUCUGAAGACUGGCACUGAGUCGACGUCCACCACGAAGAUUUUGGUUUCUGCGCUUGGCUUUUUGGAGCAACCGCAUUAUCCUAAUAUUAACGGGCUCAGUAAAUUCAAAGGCGAUAUGUUUCAUAGUGCGAAGUGGGACCAUGGGGUUUCUUUGAAGAACAAGCGGGUCGCGGUUAUUGGGAAUGGUGCUUCGGCAACGCAGUUUGUUCCAGUCAUUUCCGAGAAUCCGUCCACGGAUAUCGUAGAAUUCUGCAGGACUCCGUAUUGGCUACCUAAACAGCUUCGCAACUCAUAUGGUCCUGUGUGGCAAUUCUUGCUCAAAUAUGUCCCAUUCAACAUGCUGCUCCAUCGUUUUUAUCAUUGCGUCAAGAUGGAAACUUGCUAUUGGCUUGUUUUUGGGAACGAUUUCCUCCGUGAUUGGCUUAUGAAGCCUUUCAGUAUUUUUUAUAUCAAGACAUUUGCACCGAAGGAGUAUCACGAUAAACUCAUACCAACGUACAAGGUCGGAUGUAGACGGCUCAUCUUCAAUAGCUUCUACCUCGAGUCUUUACAUCGCCCGAACAUGCGACUCAACUGGGAUGGCAUCGAUUCCGUAGUCGAAGACGGCAUCAUCACUAAGACAGGCGAGAAGUUCCCAUUCGAUGUUAUCAUUCUGUCCACGGGGUUCAUCACGGAUGAUUAUCCCCUCCAUGUCCGUGGCAACGAACAAACUGUCAAGGAAUAUUAUGUUUCUAAAGGCGGCCCGACUGCAUAUCGCGGAACCACAGUUCCUGGAUUCCCGAACUUCUAUAUCAUCGGAGGUCCGAACACGAUUACGGGUCAUACAUCUGUAAUUUUUACCGAAGAAGUCCAGGCCAAUUAUGCCAUGUCGUUGGUAGCACCAGUCAUAGAAGGACUUGUAUCGUCCUUUACAGUCAAACAUCAGCCCACGGAUGAAUGGAACACCAAGAUUCAAGCUCGUCUCGCUCGUUCCGUCUUCCCGGAUUGCCUUUCGUGGUACCGAAGCGGAAAGGACGGGAAGAUCACGAGUGUAUUUCCCGGUGGCGCACCAUUGUUUUGGUGGUGGACGAGGAAGACAUAUUUUGAACACUAU